AUGGAUAACCUAAACAGCCUGUCCGAUGAGGAGCUGAGGUUGGAGCUCGUGAAGUAUGGCUUCCCGAACAUGCCCGUCACGUUCACGACGCGCAAAAUUUUGAUCAAAAAACUUCGCCGCCAUCUGGACGAGCAGAAGCAGAAACUGCGCCGCGAGUCGUCCGCCGUGCUGCGUUACAGUUCCAGCGAAGAGUCGGACAGUGGCGAGGGCCGCAAGGUAACGGCGGCACAACGGAAGUCGUAUGCCGCACCCAACAGCAGUACACCGGGAGCGGCGAAACGCCUGGGAAGGAGUCAGCGUGCUACGGUGGCCGGUGGUGGCCCGGCGGUCCCGCCUCCUGCGGUGUCAUCAAUGCCGCCGCCGUCAGUUGGACCUAUAAAGCGAACGCUUCUCAAUAGCAGCAUAUCAUCACCAGGAUCAUCAUCUCAGCAUAGUUUUAGUAACCAUGGCAACUCUCCGUUCCUCGGCGCGAACGGUGCUAGUGGUGGCGGCGGCGGCGGCGGCAAAAAGUCUUCCCAUUCCCCGUCACAGAUCUACGUAUCGCCGGUCCUCAGGCACGACCACGACGAGGAAGACCAUUCACCGACCGCUCCGUGGGGCUCUCCGCGACCCUAUGGAUGCAACCCAUCACCGUACCACAGUUCUCUGUUUCGGAAAACGGCCCUGGCCGCACACAACAUUACACCACCGACGGCCAGCAGCAGCAUGUACAGCAACAACAACAACAACAGUGCCAGCAGUAGCAACAACAACAGUGCGCUGCUGAAUGAUUCGAAUGCCUCGAACGGGUCUUCCGGUGCCGGUAGUGCCGGUGGAGAUUCUCCUCCGUACGUUAGCGAGUACACGAGGCGCUUGAUGCAACUCCGGGGAGAAACCGUGUCGCAGGAGAACUACAACAGUGCCAUCGGUGGAAUUAUUGGUCGUCGUAGCAGCCCGGGCGGUGGCAUCAUUCCACCGUCACGGUACAGCACCGCCGUUCCAUCGCCGGCAACGAAUCCGAUGGCGCACAACACGCGCGUGCCCAUCCAUCCGCUGCAUUACCGAAGCAUCGCCGGUCACUUCAAGUUGGGAUUGACGGGAGGUCCUGCCGCACCCAGCCCACCGUCUCCGCUCGUGGCCGGUAAUCACAUUCGCCAGAGGUACAGUCGCGUCCUCGGAGGUCAGCAGCACGAGCUCGACGAAAACGAUAUCGUAACGCACGCUCAACCCUCGCCGGAACCACCGGCCAUACCGUUCCGCGUGGCGAUCGGCAAUCUGAUCACGAAGCUGGACGAGCACUACGGUUUUAAGCAAACGUUCGUGCCAUGCGCCCUGCUCUGCUUGCUGGUCGCAUUCCUCGUGUCGGUGGCCCUCAUGUACAUGACGAUCAGUACGGAUCUGGCGAGCACCCUCAGCUCGAUCGACACCCGGUACGACCUGUGUGAUGACGGGCGUAACGCAGCAGUGCUAAGUGGAACCGACUGUGUCCUGACGGCGGACGUGGAACCGGCCCUGGAGCUACUGAAAUUGGUGGGCAGCGAACUGAAGCAGCGGGUCGAGGCGUACCAUUGUCGAAGGGAUCCGGCGGCGGCAUCUGCCGGGGGCAUUGAAACGUCCUCGAGCGUCGCCUCGAGUAUUAUGUCACCCGGCGAGGUACUGAAGAAGGCCAAGGAACACUCACCGUCCGUGCUGAUCCCCCAGCUGACGCGCCACUUGCACGCGAUGGAGUACUUGAUCGAUCGGAACCCACAGUGGCGCAUCGAUCACUGCGAUGCCGAUGGGCAGCCGAUCACGUUCGCGGAGGUGGUCGAACGGCGCCCGGUCAAAGCGAACCACUACACCAUCCUCAAACCGAAGCUCCCGUUCGGGUGCAUGCUGUACAACAAGUUUCAAAAGUUUUUCGUCAUCGUCGGUGGUCUAGCGCUGACCGCGUUGCUCGCCUUCGUGGCCAACUACCUGUACAAGUUUGUCGUGUACGUGAAGCAGAAACGGCGCGAGCAGGUCAGUGGGCUGAUCAGCGAAAUUCUGCACGCCGUCAGUCAGGCGGCCGCAACGGCUUCGGAGGCGGCAAUGGUGGCCAAUGGUGCGGCCGCACCCGGUACGACUGUGCCCGAUGCGCGUGUCGUCGUCAUGCAUCUGCGCGACCGACUCCUGGCACCGGUCAACCGACGCAAGCUCGGCUGGGCGUGGAACGAAGCGAUACAGUUUCUGGAGCAGAACGAAAGCCGGAUCGCCUUCGAGGUCGGCUCGGUCGGCGGAGAAGAUUUCAAGAUGAUGCGCUGGAUCGACACGGCACCAUUGGCCACCAGCACCGUCAACGUGGGCAGUACCGCCGCUGCCACGGCCCGUAUCAGUGGCGGGCCGGGCGGUGCGGCAAGCUGUGCUAAAAAGUGGCAAAGUCCCGCCUUCGAUAAUAGCAACAAAAUCCUCGAUCCGCCGACACCGUGCCUGAAGAUACGGCAAAUGUUUGACCGGUACGAGGUGAACGAUCCGAACCUGAAGACGAUCGUACAGGACGCCAUCCUGGAGAAGGUGGGCGGCCGGUGCAAGAUCUACGACAUCCAGCUGGAUCGGAGCAGCUGCUGCGUGUACGUGCGGUGCGCCUCGGCCAAGGACGCCGGCAUCGUGCACGACGAGAUCAAUGGUUGGUGGUUCGACAAUCGGCUCGUGUCGAUCAAGUUUCUGCGGCUCGAGCGCUACCUACAGCGCUUCCCCGGCUCCCUGUCCGGCUCGGUGUGCCUAAAGCCCUCGAACAAGAACAACUUCUCAAUGAGCCAUCAGCUGGCGGCCGGUGGCGGCGGCGUUGGCGGCGGCGCUAACGGACGGGGAGGUGUACGAUCGGUGAACGAGGACUACGAUACCGAGCCCGAGCCGGAGGAUGACGACGAAGACGACGACGACGAUGACGAGGAACUGGUGGCAGCCGCCGACGCCAUGGAUGGGCCAAGCAUUGGCAUUCACGGCCGCAGGAGCGCCAGUCGAAGAGGGCGAGAGGAAGACGGCGAAGAGGACGAACCGGAAGAGGACGACGAAGAGUAGAAUGGGUUCCGGA